CGAUCUCCCCCCUCUCCUCCAAUCCAGAAUCCGCCAUGUCCAAGGUCAUCUCCAUCGCCAUCACCUCCGACACUGUCUGUCCCUGGUGCUUCAUUGGCAAACGGCGUCUCGAGAAGGCCAUCCAAAUCGCCCGGGCCAAGGACCCCAAUGUCCAGUUCGACAUCAUCUAUAAGCCAUACGAGCUCGACUCGACCCUGUCCACCACGGGCCGCAAGAAGCAAGAAUACUACAUCGGACGCUUCGGACGUGACCGUUACGAGCAAAUCACUGCGUACACCAACCAGGUGGGAAAGCAAGAGGGCAUCAACUUUUCUUGGAACGGCGACAUCUCGAGCACAUUCCAGAGCCAUCGUCUACUUGAUUUCGCCAAAUCGGAGGGUGUCCAAUAUCAGCUGACCGAAGAGCUGUUCAAGGCGUAUUUUGAGCAAGAGCGGAACAUCUCGGAUACCCAAGUCCUGGCCGAUGCAGCUGCCAGUGUCGGCCUGAACCGCGAGCAGGUCGUGGAGCUGCUUGAAUCCGAUCGGGAUGUCGACAGAGUCCGCAAGGACAUCCAGUCGGCCAAGCGUAGCUCUGUAAAUGGGGUGCCACACUUUGUCAUCAACGGCAAACACGAGCUGUCGGGGGCUCAAGAUCCAGAAACCUUUGCCUCGACUCGGCCUGUGUCUCUGGGCUCGCUGGAGAAGAAGAUGCGGCAAUAA